AUGAAUAGCAAGCCAAAGUCUAAGCGGGAAAAGGCUCGGCGGUGGUUUAGUGGCCAGUCGCGUGCUUCAGGCUCAGUCAACGAUGAUCGUGCAGAUACCUCUAGUGAACAUAGCACAAAUAUCUCGACUAGUAAAUCACCCUCUCGUACCGCUAUGUUUUCCCGUUUGUUCGGAUCUAAGAGUGGGACAUGGGCUGGGUUGCGGGUGUCGCUCAAAACCCUGAGGGACACCCCUGCCAUGUUUGGCCCCCUUGUCUCGGCAGCCAGCAUACUUCUUGAAUGCUUUGACACCGUCGAGGCGGUUGCAAGAAACCAGCAAGACUACGAAGAACUAGCAGCCGAGCUUGAUGUACUCACUAAAUCACUUUUGACCACCCAUAAAGGAGCGGGUUUAGGCUCAUCUACUGACUGUAUAGCUGGAAUCGCAAUUGCUAUCGAGCGGGAGGCAAGAGAGAUCAAAAACAAGACCGAGCAUAGCGCUGGGAGACGGGUCCUGAUGGCAAACGCGGACGAGCAAGACCUGAUGAGGCGGUAUGGGCGGAUACAGUCGCUAUUCCGGCAGCUUCAGGCCAACGUCGGGAUGAGCACCUGGGCUAAUACUAACGAGCUAAUUAUGGAUGCCCGACUUGCAAAGUUGAGUGCGGAGAAGAAAGCAACCUACAACUCCCUGCUGUCUGCCUCGACCAACAGGCGGACAUGCACCGAAGGCACACGAGUCAGCAUCCUCUCCAAGCUCGAACGUUGGGUGUCUGCCCCGGACCAAAAGGCGGUGUACUGGAUGAGCGGAAUGGCCGGCACCGGCAAGACCACCAUCGCAUGCACCUUUGCCAAAUGGCUCGAGACCGAAAAACUCCUAGCAGCGAGCUUCUUCUGCACAAGGACGUCUGCCGACUGCCGCGACGUAACUCGGAUCGUACCGACAGUGGCAUACCAGCUCGCACGGUACUGCAUCCCGUUCCAGUCGGCACUAUGCGACGUUCUCGGACGCGACCCAGACUUAGGAACGAAGGACAUCAGGACGCAGUUCGAACGGCUGCUAGUCGACCCACUGAACCAAAUCAAGAACGACAUACCGAGCAACCUGGUGGUGGUGAUCGAUGCGCUGGACGAGUGCGACGACCAACGAGGGGUGGAACAAGUACUGGAUAUACUGUUCAAGCACGCCAGUCAGCUGCCGAUCAGGUUCUUCGUGACGAGUCGACCCGAGGCGGAGAUCUACACGACAAUGACGAUACACGCAACGUCACGCGCGGCGAUAUACCUACACGACAUCGAAAAGUCACUGGUCAGCGCAGAUAUCCAGUUAUACCUAAAGCAGGAGCUUGGUUCGAGGAUCCACGAGCUGUCGACUGAAGUACUCGAGCAGCUAGUGGACAGAUCGGGGGUGUUAUUCAUCUAUGCGGCUACCCUGGUUCGAUAUAUCUGCUUCACGGCUUCCAAGGUCGACCCCUACCAACGACUGAAGUCGGUGCUGGGUUUGACCGCCGAGUCAGGCAGAGAAAACUCACCGAUCGAUGCACUAUAUACAGCGGUACUAAAAUCGGCGCUUGAAGACGGAAGGCUGGGAGGAUCGGAGAAAGAGACUGUGCGCGCGGUGCUACGGACGGUGCUGUUUGCCCAAGAGCCGAUAUCACUCGAGACGAUUGCGGCACUAUCCAAAGUCGACGGAACGCGGCAAGUGGAAUACGCGCUGAAUGCGCUCCGCUCCGUGCUGCACCAUUCGGAGGCUACAAACCUGGUGACCACGCUGCAUGUAUCGAUUCCGGACUUCAUGUUCAGCCAGGCUCGGUCAGGCCAAUACCACUGCGACGUCAAGGAGCAUAGUCCAGGGCUGGCGAGUCGAUGCUUUGGGGUGAUGAAGGACCAGCUACGGUUCAACAUAUGCGACCUGCCAUCGUCAUUCAUACGCGACAGCCAGGUCGACAACAUACAGGUCCGAAUCAAGACCAAGAUCUCGUCGACACUGGCGUAUGCAUGCCGCUACUGGCCAAGUCAUCUAGUUCAGACGACGGUGUCGGAAGACAUGGUGACGGCGCUGAAGGAGUUCCUAUCCGCUCGGCUGCUGUUCUGGAUGGAGGAAUCGGCGUCUGAAUUGUCUGAGGUGGGGCAAUGGGUCGACGAUGCCAGCAACUUCUGCACCAGCUAUGCCGCCAGCCCAGCGUCGCAAUCCACUCCACAUAUCUACAUCUCAUGCCUGCCUUUCUGUCCUCGGUCGAGCUCGGUAUAUACGCACUACUGGCAUCGGAUGCAAGGGCUGCUGGAGCUGAAGGGAAGCCUGAUGGACCGCAGAGACCCAGCCUCAGUGGCAACCUGGAACAUGGGCUCGCCAGUAUACUCGGUGACGUACUCGGUGGAUGGGAGUCGAGUGGCAGUGGGAUGCGAAGACGGAACAGUGAGCACACGGAACGCAUACGAUGGCACGGUGGUUGUUGGGCCAUUCCAGGCUCACACCGACCGGGUGCGUUCGGCGGUGUUCUCGCGUGAUGGCAUGCUUAUUGCGUCUGGGUCAGAUGAUCGCACGAUCCGCGUGUGGGACGUGUGCACCGGAAGUCCCGUUGCCGGCCCAUUCCAGGGUCACAUCCACUGGGUCCUCUCGGUCUCGUUCUCACCCGACAGCAAGCGCAUAGUCUCUGGCUCCCAGGACAAGACCGUUUGUAUAUGGAGCGCAGUCGAUGGCACACUGCUUUGCGGCCCAUUGCACGGUCAUAUCGGAUCGGUCCGCUCCGUGACGUACUCGCCCGACGGCACUCUCAUUGCCUCUGCCUCCUUCGACAACACGAUCCGACUGUGGUGCUCGGACGACGGCACUCCUGCUGCUUCGCCGCUUCAAGGCCAUACCAGCUAUGUCUACUCCGUUGUAUUCAGUCCUGAUGGCACUUUGCUUGUCAGCGGGUCAGAAGACAUGACCGUUCGUGUGUGGAGGGUGUCUGAUGGGUUGGCUGUCACCACUCCGUUUCAGGGCCAUACAAGUGGCGUCACCUCGGUGGCAGUGUCGGCUGAUGGCACACUUGCUGUCUCUGGCUCUGAUGAUUGUACUGUGCGAGUGUGGAGGAUCGCCGAUGGGUCGCUUGCUGCCGGUCCGUUUUUUGGCCAAAGCGGGAGGAUUUGGUCAGUUGGGUACUCACCGGAUGGGACUCGAGUUAUCGCUGGCUCUUAUGAUCGAACGGUGCGAGUGUGGAAUGUGCGCGAGGGCAUAGUGCCUUCUCCCUCAUCAGAUCAUGUUCUACCCAAAAUUAGAUCCCUCUGGUUCUCACCCGACCAUGGCUACGUAUUGACCGAAUCGGACAAGGAUGAAAUGCAGAUGUGGGAUGUUUCAAAUGGUACAUCUCAGCCAGCACCAUCCGAGAUGCAGCCUCCCGGCCCGCCAUCUCACGUAACAUCUCCCGACAGCUCAUGCACUGCCCAAGCGGAUUCGUAUGGAAGGCUAGUAAAGGUUAUGCGGGCGGAUGAUGGGACUGUGGCUGCUGGGCCGUUUGAGCCCGCCCCUCGAGUAUGGCAGUUUACGGACGAUAGUGCCCUUGUCAUUGUGGGUUCCGAGGACGGCACGAUCCGAGGCGUAUCUCUGCAAACUGGAGAGACCGUAUACCGAUUACGUUCUGCUGGGGACGACUAUGUUGACCUGAUUGCACAAUGCUUGGAUGGCUCACUUCUUGCGUCCGUUGACGACAAUUCCUACUCCAGUCGUAGCCUACGAGUCUGGAGUACAACCUCGCCUAUUCUGCAUCACGAAACCGGGCUCUAUCAGGCCCAAUAA